UUUUUUUCUUCGUGAUGGAGUCCCACUCUGUCAUCCAAGCUGGGAUGCAGUGGCAUGAUUUUGGCUCACUGCAACAUCUGCCUCCUGGGCUUCAGAGAUUCUCCUGCACCAGCCUCCCAAGUAGCUGGAACUGCAGGUGCUAACCACACCCAGCUAGUUUUCGUAUUUUUAAUAGAGACAGGCUUUCACUAUGUAGGCCAGGUUGGUCUCAAACUCCUGACCUCAGGUGAUCUACGGCCUAGGCCUCCCAAAGUGCUGGGAUUACAGGUGUGAGCCAUGGUGCCCAGCCUGGUUUCGUUUUCUUCAUGUUUCUUUCUUUGGUAUUCAUUGAGCUUACUAGAUUUGUGGGGUUAUAGUUUUUAUCCAAUUUUUAAAAGUUUGACCAUUAUUUCUUUAAAUAUUUUUGUCCUCCCACCCUGCAAGUCUCCUUUGAAGACUCCAGUUGCUCAUACAUUAGGACACAGCUCACUGAUGGUCUCUGUUUUGUUUUUUUUUUUUCACACUCUCUUUACUUUCUGUUUCAUUCUGAAAUUUUUUUAACUGUUAGGUUUUCAAGUUUACUUAUCUUUUCUUUCACAAAGUUUAAUAUGUUACUAAUCCCAUCAGUGUAUUUCUAACAUACAAGGCAGUUUUGGUUUUACAAGUUUGAUUUGGGUCUUUUUUCAUGUUAAAUAGCUCUCCUGAACUUUCUGAAUAUGUAUGUAUGUGUAUAACUUAAAGUUGUUUUAAUGCCCUUGCCUGUUCAUUGAACAUCUGUGUCAGUUCUGAGAGGAUAAGAUUAAUUGAUUACCCCUCAUUGUCAGUUGUGCUUUCAUGCUCUUUGCAUGCUGGGUAUUCUUUGAUUGGAUACUGGACAUUGUGACUUUUACCUUGUUGGCUGUUUGAUAUUUUCACAUUCUCAUAAAUAUUCUUGAGCUUUGCUUUGGGGAUGCAUUUAAAUUACUUAGAAACUGUUUGUUCUUUUCAGAUCUUGCUUUUAAGACUUUUUAAGCAGGACAAUUCUCAGUCUUGGCCUAAUUGUUCUGCAUUGCUGGGGCAAGACCUUCCUGCCUUCCUGGAUACUCUACCUGGUGUUCUGUGAAUCUUGAGGUUUUUUUUUUUUUUUUUUUUUUUGUGACUAAUGGAAGCAGGCUCUCUUCUUGGCCCUGUAGGAGCAGCAGGCAUUUUUGUUUCUGAUUCUUUGCGGCAGUUAUUUCUCUAGCUUCAGGCAGUUUCCUCACAGACAUGCACUGAUAAAUACUCAGUUUAAUACUCAAGGGGGAGUAUUUGCCUUGCUAUAAAGGAAUACCUGAGGCUGGGUAAUUUAUAAAGAAAAGAGGUUUAUUUGGCUCAUGGUUCUCUAGGCUAUAAAGAAGCAUGGUGCCAGCAUCUGCUUCUGAUGAGAGCCUCAGGCAUCUUCCUCUCAUGGCAGAAGGCAAGGUGGAGCUGGUAUGUAGAGAUCACAUGGCAAGAGAGGAAGCAAGAGAGGAGACCUGGGUGUGCCAGGCUCUUUUAACAACAGGCUCUCUUGGCAACUAAUAUAGUAAGAACUCACUCCUCUUCUUCCAGGAAUGGCAUUAAUUAUUUAUGAGUGAUCCACCCCUAUGACCCUGACACAUCCCAUUAGGCCCUGCUUCCCCAACACUGGGGAUCAAAUUUCAAUGUGAGCUGUGGAGGGGACAAACAUCCGAACCACAGCAGGGAGCCUCUGCAGAUUUUUACCUUCUUUCUUUGUGCAACUCUCUCCUCCACAGUAUUCUAUCAACAUAAGCUGCCUCUGUGUUCCUGGCCUUGCAGCGAAACCUGCUCACCUCCUGGGGGCUUGCUGGGUUCUCCUUCUCUGUACCGUGGCCUGGAAAUUCUCUCAAGUCAUAAACCUGAGGCAAUCAUAGGGCUUACUCUAUUUGUUCCCCAUCUACAGGGAUUCUAUUUUUUUUUUGGUUAGUGUUCAAUAUUUUAAAAAUGAUUGUUUUAGAUUUUUGUCCAUUUUUGGUUGUUUCCGGUGGGAAGGUCAAUCUUUUUAUAUUCCAUGGCCAGAAGGAGAGGUCAGCAUUUAAUAACAUUUUUUCCUUAUUAUUAUUUGAAACAAGGUCUUGCUCUGUCACCCAGGCUAGAGGGCAGUGGUGCAGGCAUAGCUUACUGUAACCUCAACUUCUUAGGCUCAAGUGACCCUCUUGCCUCAGCUUCUUGAGUAGCUAGGACUACAGGCAUGCACUACCAUGCUCAGCUAAUUGAUUUGAUUUGAUUCAGAGACAGGGUCUCACCAUGUUGCCUAGGCUGGUUCUCAAACUCCUGGGCUCAAGCAAUCCUCCUGCCUUAGCCUCUCAAAGUGUUGGGAUUACAGGCAUGAGCCAUAGUGCCCAGCCAAUAUUUAUAGUGAAAAAUUUCUAUCAUAGAUAAUUUAAAAAUAUCUCUUUAAGUUGCUUUCCCUUUUUGAUUUUGUAUUUUGCUUUUUUUGUUUAUCUUAGUCUUACUAGAGUGUUGUCUAUUUUAUUAGCCUUUUCAAAGAGCAAAAUUCUGAUUGUGCUAGUCCUCUCCAUAAUUUUUUCUCUAUUUUAUCAAUUUCCUUUUUUUCCCUUUUUUUAGAGAGAGGGUGUCACUCUAUCACCCAGGCUGAAGUGCAGUGGCCUGAUCAUGGCUCACUGUACCCUUGAAUUCCUGGGCCCAAAUGAUUCUCCUGCCUCAUCCUCUCAAAUAGCUGGGACUAUAGUUGCACACACCACACCUGCUAGUUUUUGUAUUUUUAGUAGACACAGGGUAUCACUAUGUUGCCAGACUCGUCUUGAACUCCUGGGCUCAAGUGAUUCUCCCACCUCAGCCUCCCAAAUUGUUGGGAUUACAGGCCUGAGACCUGUGCCUGGCUACUUUAUUGAUUUCUGUCUCCUUUUUCCAUUGUUUUCUCCCUUGUCACAAAUUCUUUUUUUGAGUUUACUCCACUGAUACUUUUCAGUUUCUGAGUUGAAUGUUUAGCUCAUUUGGUAUCAGUCUUUCUCUUCUGAUCUGGUCAAAGCUGUAAAUUACUUCCGGGGACUGGAUGCUUUGAUAUGCAGUGUGUUCAUUGGCAGUCACCUCUAAAUGUUCAUUGUUUCCUGCAUGAUUUUCUUUUUAUAGGAGAACCACUUAGAAAGGUUUUGUUUUUGUUUCAGAAAGAGGGGAUUUUUUUGAUAUGUUAAAAAUUGAUCUUAAUAUUACUGACUUGUGACUCAAGAACAGAGUCCGUAUACCAGUGACUCCCUGGAGUUUAUUGUUCUCUGUGGCAUUGUUUCCGAAUGUUCCCUCUGCGGUCAUUGAGCAAGUGUUCUCUGUUGGGAGUUGUAAAAUUUAUAUAGCUGAGGUGGAGAUUAUUACUUGUGAUAGUUCAAUCUUCUAUGUCUUUGCCUAAUUUUGUCUGUGUUAUCCAGCAGUUUCUUAAGGGGAACAUAUCAAAAACUCCAGUCUCCCAUUAAUUGGUCACCUGUUUCUUUGUGUAUUACAGGCUUUUCACUGCAUCUUCUUGAUCAUUUCUUAUUUUUACUUUAUAUAAUAAGAUUCCUCUUUGUCCCUUUAUCAUGAUCUUGCCUUAAAUACUAUGAUCUAAAAAGAAAAUGUGCUAUACCACUUACUUUGUGUUUCAGAUUUGCUUGAUACUUCUAUCCCCCCUUUUCAAUCCCCUUUUUCCAACUUAUGUGGAUCUUUUUUUCUAUCCCCCCUUUCCAAUUUAUCUGUAUCUUUUUGUUUUAAAUUUGUCUCUUCACAUAGUAUAUUUCUGGAUAUCUUUUUUUCUCUAAUUAUAAAUUCUUUCGCUGGGCAUGGUGGCUCACGCCUGUAAUCCUAGCACUUUGGGAGGCCAAGGUGGGUGGAUCACCUGAGGUCAGGAGUUCAAGACCAGCCUGGCCAACAUGGUGAAACCCCAUCUUUAUUAAAAAAGAAAAAAAAGAUAAAUUCUUUUGUUUGUUUGUUUUUUCAACCCAUUUGCUAUUGUAUUAGGACUGAUUAUAGCCAUUUUUUUUCUAUUAUCACACUUUUUUGUUUUGUUUUAAAGAGAUGGCAUUUCAACAUAUUGUCCAGGCUGGAGGAUCCAUCCGCUGCAGCCUUCGGAGUAGCUGGGACUCCUGCAGGCCAGCAGGCUCUUUCUGUUUCCGCUGGGUAGGCUGUAUUUCCUGCUGCUUUGAAGAGUAUGCAGUGAUUAGAUUUCACUCAACUUGGGCCAGGCGCAGUGGCUAACACCUAAACUCCCAGCACUUUGGGAGGCCGAGGUGGGAGGAUCAUGUGAGGUCAGGAGUUUGAGACCAGCCUGGCCAACAUGGUGAAACCCCAUCUCUACUAAAAAUACAAAAAUUAGCCGGGCGUGGUGAUGCAUGCCUGUGAUCCCAGCUACUCGGGAGGCUGAGGCAGGAAAAUCGCCUGAACCCAGGAGGUGGAGGUUGCAGUGAGCAGAGAUCGCGCCACCGCACUCCAGCCCGUGUGACAAAAAAAAAGAUUACACUCAAUCAGUUAAUCCAGGAAAACCUCUAUCUUAAGGUCCACAGGACGAAUUACACAUUGAAAGCCGCUUCCUUCACAGCACUACCCGGAUUAGUUUUUGCUGAGUGACCAGUGCUCGCGAGAGCCGCCCGAGAUCCGCGGGCACACCGGGCUCCCGCCAACACCAGGACCAGGGCGGGAGCAGCCGCGAGGGGGCGCCACGAGGCGUGCUGACUUUGCUCAUGGCGUCCCAAGGCGGCCUCCGCAGGGGCCGUGGAGGCACCCGACUGAGCCUCCACCUCCUGGUCUGGCUUCAGCUCCUUCAGCACCUGCUCAGUGAGCCAUACCAACCCGAGGAGGCUUCCAGAGUGACCCCGGCAAGCCCAGAGGCCCGGACGCCUCCCAUGCACCUGAAAUUCCCGAAGAUUCCGGAAACCUCUUUAGCUCCAGGGUCUCCAGAGGCCGCAGGGCCUCCAGGUUCCCGGGUGACUUCGGCAUCUGCAGUGGGAGACGCCUCGGAAUCCGACGGGAUCUCUGACCUUGGAAGGCGGCUUCCUCAGAAUAUUGUUUCUGCCUGCGGCCAUCGGAUUUCAAGAAUAGUUGGAGGAUUACCGGCCCCAGACAAGAAGUGGCCCUGGCAGGUGAGCCUACAGACCAGCGACGGACACGGACACGGACACGUCUGCGGAGGCUCCCUGAUCGGCAGGCGCUGGGUGCUCACUGCCGCCCACUGCAUCCGUGGCACCGGUGAGGAAUACAAGGUGAAGCUGGGAGACGCUCACUUGCUUGCUGAUUCCAAAACGGCACCGGUGAUCCCGGUUCAAGACAUCAUUUUUCCCAGCAAUUUUGAUGCUACCACUUUGAUAAACGACAUUGCCCUCGUUCUGCUCGUCUACUCUGUGAAUUAUUCCUCACACAUCCAGCCUGUGUGCCUCCCCAAAAAGCUUUUCAAAGUGGCAGCUGGGACAGAGUGCUGGGUGACCGGAUGGGGGCGAACAGCAGAGAAUGGAUCAGGGACACCUGUUCUUCAGGAGGCUGAGCUAAGCAUCAUUCGUCAUGAAAAAUGCAGAGAGGUGCUCAAGAAGAUGGGACACGAGAGUGAAGCGGUCAAGGAGGGGACCGUCUGUGGCUACAGCGCCCAAGGGAAGGAUGCCUGUCAGGGAGAUUCUGGGGGACCCCUGGUCUGUGAAUUAAAUGGCGUAUGGGUCCAGGUGGGGAUUGUGAGCUGGGGCAUUGGCUGCGGUCGCAAAGGAUAUCCUGGAGUUUACACGGAAGUUAGUUUCUACAAGCAAUGGAUUGUUGAUCACCUGAAACAAGCUUCCUGUCUGGAUUCAGCAAACUUUCUCACUCUAUUCCUGUGUCUGGUGAUGCCCCUGGGCGUUCUGGUGACCCCAUGAUCAGACUCCAUUCCACUCUCCUGCUGUUUCUGAGUCUCACACUUAGGUGUCUCCUCUGACCAACCUCCCACUCCUUCUCAGUGCCUUUUCCACAAAUCCUAGUUGGAAUUCAUGGGCCCUCUGGAGAGCCACAAAAUAGAGCAUGGCGGGGAGACUGGGGCCUGGAAAGUGUCCCUGACUGGUGCUCUGGUUCCUUGCCUCCACCGUGCCUGCACCAGGGCUGUGCUCUGCCUGGUGGGAAGGAGGGAUGAACCGAUUCCAGCUAGAGGACCAGCCACCCUGCCAGGGGGCCACAGUGACUCAUUGAUAUCUGCGGGAACAUCUAUCAAGGAAGAGACAUCAUCAACCGUGAAGCAAGCGUAGAUGUGGUUCUGGUUUCAGGACUCCCACCUGAGACUUUGUGAAACCAGCCAGCUGGGCGAUUGCUCAGAGAGUGAAGGGGGCGUUACCAGGUCCCUGCAGAGGUGUGAGGCCUGGGACUUCCACUCUGGCUCAGUUGUCUGGGACUGGGAGAAGUUCCCCUGUAGCCCAGUGUGGUUCCAUCUGUGAGUGGACAGCCUCUGCCACACCAGCUCUUUUGGGGCAACCCAUUCUUGGCACGCCCUUCCUCAGUGCCUAGUGGUCGCUUUCAGGGACACCACAAGUUGUGUUGAGGCAGUUAUGGAGUGUGGAGUUUUCAGAAAUCAACUGAAUAAAUGUUUGGAGAGUCUCCUGUUACUGAAGCUCUGCUCAAUGGGGAGUUUGUUGGCAUAUAACAUACUCUGUAGAGCACUGGUUUCCCAUUUAACUAAGGAAGCUAUUAAAACGUAGAAGGACAGGUGAGGCAGGCCCUGCUUCCUCAGACAUGAGCUCUAGGGAUGGUUUUAGCCAGUGGGUCUUGUUCCCUGUAUACCUGUUAUAGUCAUCAGCAUCACUGCAGGGAGCUCUGUAGUUGAGUUUAACAGCGUUUACAGCUAGGGAUAGGGGAUCAAGAGACCCUGGAACUGGGCCCAAGAGUGAAGCUGGGGUGUGAGAAAUAUUGCUCUUUCUCUACUGCUUCUCCUUGCGGUUCCCUCCCACUUGGUUACCAAAGACGUGCGUUCCUACCAGGAGAAGGGCAAGAGAGAUUCACUGUACUGUACAUAGGUUCUCUUCCCUCAUUACAAUGUCCGCUGUCCUGGAGUCUGUCUCGCUGCUGAUCAACUCCCUCCCAACCUCUUGCCCUUUGACCUUCUAGGGUUGAAUGUUUAACCCCCAGGUAUGGGUGGGCUUCAGUCUGAAUCAGUCCCUUCUAUUGUCUGAGGAAGGCUGAGGCUGAGAGACUGAGAGCUUAAAUCAAACCCAGUCUCUCAAUGAAUAUAGUACUACUUGCUUUAAGAAAAUGCUGAUUUAUUUAUAAAUAAACCAAAUUUAACUUUUUUUCCUAGAACGUCCAAUUCUGGUGUUCUUGAUCAGCAGGUAGCUUUCUCCAUCUCAUGGCUUGCUCUUGGUCCUGUAGUUCAUGCUUUACCUGCAUCAGAAUCUCCUAAGGCUUGUGAAAAUACAGAUUACUGGCCUGCACAGUGUGGCUCAUGCCUAUAAUCCUGGCUACCUGGAAGACUGAGGCAGGAGGAUUCCUUGAGGCCAGGAGCUUGAGCUCUUAAAAAAAAAAUAGCUGGGUGUGGUGGCCUGUUGGCCUGUGCCUGUAAUCCCAGCUACUCUGCAGGCUGAGGCAGGAGGAUGUCUUGAGCCCAGGAGUUUGAGGCUGCAGUGAUGUAUGACCAUUCC